AUGGCGUCCGGCGCAGGCGGGUCUUACAACAACCCACUCAAGAAGUUCAAGCUUGUCUUCUUGGGCGAGCAGAGUGUUGGCAAAACCUCACUAAUCACCCGGUUCAUGUACGACUCCUUCGACAACAUGUACCAAGCGACCAUUGGCAUCGACUUCCUUUCCAAGGCAAGAUUCCCCACGACAUCAGGUCUGAUUCCCUCGUACAUUCGCGAUUCCAGCGUGGCGGUUGUGGUCUACGACAUUUCAAAUGCGAAAUCCUUCCAGAACACCAAGAAGUGGAUCGACGAUGUGCGCGCCGAGCGAGGAAACGACGUCAUCAUUGUGCUCGUGGGCAACAAGACGGAUUUGAACGACAAGAGAGAGGUCACGACGCAGCAGGGAGAGGAGGAGGCCAAGAAGAACAACCUCAUGUUCGUGGAGACUAGCGCGAAGCUGGGCCACAACGUCAAGACGCUGUUCAAGAGAAUAGCGCAGGCGUUGCCCGGCAUGGAGGGCACAGAUGCUGCUCAGCAGGCUUCAAGCCAAAUGAUUGAUGUGAAGACGACCCCUGCCGCAUCCUCGCAAGAGGGAUGCGCUCACGCGACACAGACGUUCCUGGGCUGCAUCAGCCUGCAAACCGGCACCGAGAUCAUCUCGCUGAUCCUGCUCUUCAACCGCCUCACCGGCCUGUAUGGCCUCCUCGCGAUACUCACCGGCUACGAGAUCUCCGCGACGCAGCUGUCGAUGUACCUUUACUCGCUGGGCGUCGUCGUCUGCCUGGCCAUGUUCCUGCCUCACAUCCGCAGGAACAGCCCCUUUGAGGCGCUCGGGCUCGCGUGGCUGUACAUCAUCGACACGAUCCUCAACAUCGCGUACACGACCUUCUUCGCCGUCGGCUGGUACCUCCACAGCACCGCCCUUGACAAGCACCCGGGCAGCGCGGGCGUGCCGGCCGCCGCGGAGAUCGCGGAGGAGGCGCUGGCGAACGGCGCGCCUGUCGUUCCGGACGUGCCCAAGACGACGAAGCACAUCGGACCGCAGGAGUCGUGGAUGAGCCUGGGGCUGAUUAUCACCGUGACGCUGAUGAGGGUCUACUUUGCGGUCGUCGUCAUGUCGUUUGCGCAGAGCGUGCUGCAGCGGUUCACUGAGAUGGGCUGGGAAGAGGAGGGACGCAAGAAAGGCCCCGACGGACCGUUCACCCCCGGCGAGCCCGACGGUGAAGGCUACCGUGGUCGCAUCGGCAGAGUGAUGCUUGCCCUGGGACGCAGCUACUGGCUUGACGAGAAGGCGCAGGAGGAGUGGGCGAGUGCGAUGAGCUCCAAGUUUAGGCACGCAGGUGCUUAA